AUGGUCGGCAUCGGUGGAAGGAGCCGCGGCUGUAAAACGUGCCGCCGUGCUCGUGUGAAAUGCGAUCAAAAUCGGCCCAUUUGUUUCCGCUGUGCACGUCUUCAACUUCAGUGCCAAGGCUUCAACCCCUUCCCCGUCUUUAUUGAUGGUCUUUCCCUUAAUGAGAUCAAGGCGGACAACGCUACAGAGGGGGAUAGAAAGGAAGUAUCCCUGCUUCCAGCACCUAGUCUCGAUGAAGACAACAUCUUUACAAAUCACCUCAUCAUGAGCCUUUUUAUACCUUUUCAAGGGAGCAAUACGGUCCCUAGCCCCAGCUUAUCUCUCUGGCUGUUGAGCUCUAUUCUCCCCAGUAGCAAAAACCAAGCCCCACAACUUGCAGUUCGAGCUUGUGCUGCCGCAUAUUUCGGAAAGAUACAUCGUCAAUGUUCUGCAGCUGAAAGGGGCACAGUGUUAUACACUCAAGCGCUGCGUCAGCUUCAGAAGGAACUCUUUGACUCAGAACAGGUUCUGAAAACAGAUACGCUUUCGGCUACCUUGUUAUUAGCCCUGUUCGAGAUGAUCACUUCCAAAGACAUGAAUGGAUGGCUAAGUCAUUUCCUUGGAGUGGGACACCUUAUCAAAUUUAGAGGGCCCCAGGCUCAUCGAGAUGGCCCAGGCAAAGAGCUUUUCCUUACAACACGUCCGUCUAUUAUUCUUGCCUAUUUAAUUCGGCGGCAACGCUGUUUUUUGGAAGAAGAUGCAUGGAAAACAGUGCCGUGGGCAGAUAACCCAAAUUCCAAGACAUCAAUGGAUUGCCUGAACGACAUAUUUUGCCACUUGCCUGGUGUUAUGGAGGAUCUCCAAGUACCCUUACAGCACGCAGCUGUUGUGCAAGAAGCUAAAAUAUCCGACAUCAUUCUUUGCUUUCAAAUCAAGGCGCUUUUCGAAAAGCUCUACGACUGGCGCGUGAAGUGGGAGCAAAAUUUCUCACACACAUAUUUUAAUGUCGGACUGGGUAGUCUCAAAGACUUGAACGUUUUCGAACUUGACUCCUACCCUUUUCCAACCGCAAUUUUCUUCACUGAGCACCUUCGAGUCGCCGAAAUCUGCAUAUACAACGCAAUGCUACUGCUUCUACAUCAAGCUUGUCGGCAACUUCCAGAUUCAAUAAGGCCUACGGUGGCAUCCUACGGGAAUUCAUAUCCCUGGCCACAUCCGUCAGUUCUCUUGACACCUGGAGAUGGGUCAGUGGAGGAUAUUAUUGGAGAAUUUUGCAAGCUGGUAUAUUUUCAGCUUCUCAGUUACCCAGGAAACACCGGUGCCAUUCAGAUUAUGUUUCCCUUGCAAGUCGCGUAUCGCAACGCAAACCCCGAGUCUCGGGAAGCACGAUGGUUGUAUAAAAUUAUAUCUCACAUUGCAGAUUGUUGUGGAUUUAAUGCUGUCAGAUUCAACGAAGGGCUUGGGUAUAGCUGA